AAUGCAGCAUGACGUUGGAUGACAGCCGCCGAUAAACCCCACCGAAGAAGAAGAAGACCAAAGUGAUAACAAACCCGCUGCUGAUCGGAUGGAAUAUCUUUGAUAUCACAGUCGUACACACUGAUGUUUGCCAAUAAUGAACGAAUAAGGGUGGUUGAUGACUAACCCAUGAGCUCUUUCAGUGAUCACCGGGUCAUUCAACUCUGUGAGACCUUCAACAGACAUAAUCCAUCCACAAACAAACAUGACCUCCGAGCAGGCCAGCACCCUGCCGGCAUUCAAGGGCCUCGGCGACCCCAGUCCGGGCUACUUCUCCUGGGGCCUUCGCUUCCAGGUCAUCGGCCUGGGCUUUGCCUUCUACACAGCCGUUUUCCUCCUCUCCCACCUGGUCUCCACGGCUCUCUCCCAGACCUACCGCUUUCUGCUGGCUAAGGAGAAGGUGUUCUGGAACCUGGCGGCCACACGGGCCGCGUUCGGCCUCCAGAGCACGGUGGCGGGCCUACGGGCGCUGACCGAGGAGUCGGCCGUGUCCAGGGACAGGGUCAGAGGUCAGGAGGACUGGUCUUGGUUCACUGUGCUCACCGCCACAGGCUUCUUUCUGUUUGAGAAUGUGGCGCUGCAUGUCUCCAGUGUGGUGUUCAGGGCUUUCGACCUUUCCCUGGCCGCCCAUCAUUUCUUUGCCCUGUCAGGGUUUGCUGGGGCGGUGGUCUGGGACUCACUAGGACAUUAUCUGCCCAUGGUCACUCUGCUGCUGGAGAUGAGCACACCCUUCACCUGCAUCUCCUGGAUGUUACUAAAGGCUGGCUGGGCGAGGACGCUCUUCUGGAAGGCUAACCAGUGGGUGAUGAUCCACAUGUUCCACUGCCGCAUGGUGCUCACGUACUACAUGUGGUGGGUGAGCUGGAGCCACUGGGGGGAGAUGAACAUGUACGUGGCUCUGCCCCAGCGCAUCCUCUUCUACACCGGCCUGGCCCUGCUCACAGUGAUCAUCAACCCCAUCUGGACACACAAGAAGACCAUGCAGCUCCUCAACCCUGUCGACUGGAACUUCAGCAACAAGCCGCCGCCCAACAGCCCCAGUGGGGAGCAGAAGGACAAAACUCAUGAGAGAUAAACGAGCCAAGAACUGUGAACCUGUUUGGAGAGCUAUGGGGCUAUUUUACUAUGCUUGUAAAGGAGAGGAAGAGGGAUUCAUUUCUCACAAACUCUUUAGCUUUUAGUGCUUGAGAUGUUUUAAAGAUUUCAAGUUGAACUAAACUACUGUUUUUUUUUAAAGGUUCUCAGUACAGGUUUUAGGUCUGCUGUGUCUCUAUAAGAUGUGGAUGAAAAGGCCUCUUGCUCUUGGACCUUCCGGAGACACCUGAAACCCCACCUCUUUAAGGAAUACCUGGGAUAGGAUAAAGUAAUCCUUCUAACCCCCUCCCCCCCCUUAAAAGAUUUAGAUGCACUAUUGUAAAGUGGUUGUUCCACUGGAUAUUAUAAGGUGAAUGCACCAAUUUGUAAGUCGCUCUGGAUAAGAGCGUCUGCUAAAUGUCUUAAAUGUAAAUGAAAGGAGAUGUCACUGACGACAAGAAAUGUCAUCUCACAGUAUUAUUGUCUUUGCCUGACCCCUAUGCCUUUGGUUAUAAUUUGCUGUUUUGGUUAGUGUUGUUUUAUUGCGAAGGAGUGCAGAUGAACAGGGAGAAAGGUAUAUUAUUGUUUUGUUUACUUUGUUCAGCUUCCAGCAUGAAGUUGUGAAUGUGUUAGUUAACCUCUCUGGAAUGGGGUGUUGGCUGGUUUGAAGUGCCCUGAGGCACCAGUGGUAUUUGCUCUUACAGGCACAGUGUGUGGUCACUCAACCACUGUGCUGAGCACAGACAGGACCAUGAGGCAGUAGAUUUACUGGCUGAGAACAAACACAGUGACAGACUGGAGACUGGGUCAUUGGAUCUGGCAGAUCACACGUCAUUGGAAGGCAAGCAACUUUGUUCUGCAUCGUACAAAACGCUUCCUGACUUGCUUGAGAUUAGACUGUAAUGUGUGCCGGUAGUGUUGCAUGCUCUAAUUUAAUCUUUAUCAGUUCAACUCAUCUUGUAGAAAUUGUUCCUGUGCUCUGUGGCUGUCAGUGUAGUAUCUUUGAAAGUGGGGUUGACUUGACGCACGUAGACUGUAAUACUAAGACAGUGGAUGGAUGCUAAGGGAGCUAUCAGAAGCAUUACUGUUUUCAAAGGAGCAACCGUAGGGAGUAGACUAAUAACAAGCACCACCGUGCAGGCCAAACAGACGGUCAUGUUCCUUCCCUUUGUAACGUAGCUACUCUAACUACUCUACCACUGAUCUGCCUGAAAAUGAGGUUAGGGAUGAAUACUUUAUGGGUAAUCUCUUUAGUCUCCUUUAUGUUACCUAUCUCAUUGGACCUUCUGUAUGCCUGCAAAUUAGUCUUUAGUGGACAAUUAAAUCAGCUUCAUUCAAGAGUCAUGUGAGACAGAGUGAGUGAGUUUGAACCCUUAUCCUGGUCAUUUGUGUACAAAUAUGUAUUUCAUGAAUAUUCUCAUGGAAAACUCAGUCCUGCAGUCAAGCAUUUCGUUUUUUGGAGGCAACUUUCCCACAUUGAGCUGCAUCCAGACGACUCUACUUUUAUCUCAGAGGCUCUUUUGUGUAAAAAUGUAGAGGAGAUGCGUGGAAAACAUAGAAAUAGAAUGACAAUUUCAAUGGUUGAAAAAUGUUCUUAUGCCACCAAGGCCUUUUGGUUGGUUUAAACACGUUUUAAUAUGCAUAGGUUCACGUUAUGUCCAAUUCCCUGAAAAUGUAUUUCGUUAGACAUUUUUUUACAAAUCGGUAUUACGCUAGUCACAGAUCCUACAACUAAGGCCCCCUAUAGGUUGUAAAUGACAAGUAAUUCACAUGGGAAAACCUCAACAUCCAUGACAGUAUUUUAAGUCUUAAUAGCUGACGUCAGAGACUCAGACGGCCAAGAUGGUAAAGCCCACACUGAGAAAAAGGGGCCAUAGGUAUUUAUUUUAUAUAUUUUAUUACAAAAUAUUAUUCAAAUUGAUGCAGGACUGAGGGCCUUUUAUAGACACAAUUAACCUUAACUUUAUUAGUUUGACUAAUAUUUUGAAUUCAGGAUUUAUUAUUACCGUUAUGAAUUAAGUGUUGUUGUUGGGUCAAAACGUUUGACAGUGGCACUCAUGACACCAUGGUGAUAUGUGGCAUUGGUCCUCCUUAAUGGAAGAUGACUACUUAUCAAGGGUGACAAGUCAUUGUGGCACAGUUCCAUUUGUUUCACUAGUCCUUUCCCCUAGGUCCUAGCCUAUGGACUAUGACCUAGACCUUUGGUGGUCUUUAUAGUUUUUAGACCUGAUGGAAAUAUGUUUUUCCUCCGAUUCUUUUCUACUUCAGUUUCAACUAUUGAAACUUUUCUGAACUUAAAUUGGCACAGUGUUGGAUUUCCUUAUUUAAAUAGCUGUUACAUUUCUCCUCAAGAAACCAUUGUGAUGCAUACUGACACAUGGGUAUUGUCAGACUGUCAAAGUUUUCACUAUAACAUGAAAUGCCAAUAAAACCUUUAACACCAACAGUA